UAAAAUUAAGUGUCAAAAACACAUUUAUGUUACUAUAAUCCAUUCUAUUUUUUAUUUUAUUUUUAUAAAAUAUAAUUUAUUCUAUAUUCUCUGCUAACAACAAAUAAGAUCACCCCAUAACAUAAGCCAUCCUCGAGAAAAAUUGUAGUGUAAGUAAUUGAUUGAUGAUCCAAAACAAAACCAUGAUAAUGAUUACUACAACCUCAAAACAGAUCUUUGCAACCUUGUUUGUCUUGCUGCUAUAUCUAACCUUAGCAACAGAAGCAUCAUCUCCCACAUACAUCGGUUCUUACUGCAACAACAACACAACAUAUUUACCAAACAGCACACUAAAUACAAACCUCAAUGUUCUCCUCAAUUCUCUUACCACAAACGCUUCCCAACAACAAGACGGUUAUUACAUGACAAUCAUGGGUUUCGGAACAACUAGCGCUGUUAACGGAAACUUUCUCUGUCGUGGCGACAUCAACACAACAACUUGUCAAAACUGCGUUACUGACGCAGCUAAACAGAUCAAACGCCGUUGUAACAACCAAACGGAAGCGGUUAUUUGGUACGAAGAGUGUUUGAUUCGUUACACAAAUAGGUACUUUAAAUUUUACAGCAUAGAACCAAGAUUGAAUCCUAAAGAAGGUAGAAAUGUUUCAGGCGUUGACUUUGACCGGUUCAAUGAAUCGGUUAUUGGUUUGUUGAAUGAUUUGGCGGUUAAAGCCGCGAAUUCAGCGACGGCGAAGAAAUUUGCUACCGGAAAUGUGAAAAUAACGAGAAAGGGUAUGAGGGUUUAUGGGUCGGGGCAGUGUAUUACGGAUUUAACGAGUGGUCAGUGUGAGACAUGUUUGAGAAAUGCGAUUGGAACUCUUCCACAGUGUUGUAGGAGUCAACAGGGUGCAGCUGCUAUGCUUGCGUCAUGUAUUGUUAGAUAUCAACUCUAUCCUUUUUACAUCACAUCUUCUUCAGGAAAAAAUGGAGUUGGAACAAAAGCAAUUCUCAUAAUUGUUUUUCUGGCCAUUCUUCCAGUAUUACUUUUAAUUUUAGGCUGCUAUUGCCAACGGAGAAGAUCAAGGCAGAGACGUCGUGCAAUGCUAAAGGAAAAUUUUGGAGAUGAACUUAAAACACUAGAGUCAUUACAAUUCAGUUUUGCUACAAUUGAAGCUGCCACAAACAAAUUUUCACAUGUGAACGAGAUAGGCAAAGGAGGAUUUGGUGUUGUCUACAAGGGUGUUCUUUCUGAUGGUCGAGAAAUAGCAGUGAAAAAACUCUCACUAGGUUCAGGACAAGGUUCAAUAGAAUUUCAAAAUGAAAUUUUACUUAUAGCCAAGUUACAACAUAGGAAUUUGGUGACUUUAUUAGGAUUCUGCUUAGAAGAACGGGAGAAAAUGCUUAUAUACGAAUAUGUUCCUAAUAAGAGUCUUGAUUAUUUUCUAUUUGAUUCCAAAAGGCACAGAGUGUUACAUUGGUUUGAGCGUUAUAAAAUUAUAGGAGGAAUAGCACGAGGAAUUCUUUAUUUACAUGAGUAUUCAAGACUUAAAGUCAUACAUCGAGAUCUCAAACCGAGCAAUGUAUUGUUAGAUAACAAUAUGAAUCCAAAAAUAUCAGAUUUUGGUUUGGCAAGAAUAGUUGCAAUUGAUCAAGAACAAGGAAGGACUAAUAGAAUUGUGGGAACAUAUGGUUAUAUGUCUCCAGAAUACGCAAUGCACGGACAAUUUUCUGAGAAAUCGGAUGUGUUUAGUUUUGGAGUUAUAAUUCUUGAGAUAGUUAGUGGAAAGAGAAAUAGUCGCCCCAUUGAAUCACACGAUUUUGAAGAUCUCAUAAGAACUGCUUGGAGACAAUGGAGGAAUCAAACGCCAUUAGAAAUGUUGGACCCCAUUCUGAAAGAAUCAUUUACUCAUAGUGAAGUUAUUAAGUGCAUUCAACUUGGUUUAUUAUGUGUUCAAGAAAAUCCAGAUGAUAGACCUACAAUGGCACAAGUUGUUUCAUAUCUCAGUAGUCUUUUAGUUGAAUUGCCACUUCCACAAGAGCCACCAGCAUCUUCCAUGGAUAGAGGAAUGAAGUUAAACAUAAAAACAAAUGAGUCUAGAUCGGGUCAAUUUAUUAGUCACUCUAACUCUACAUCAUCCUCAAUCAAUGACAUGACUAAGAGUCAAUUUUUCCCUCGAUAAAUAGGGAUUUGAUCUUUCUCUCAAAA